AUGUCACAAGUGCACAGUCCAACAUUCAAAGAUCGUCUGCAUUUUCGAACGAACGCCGAGGACCAGACGACAAUAUGGCUCUUUGACGGUGAAGAACUGAAAAUUAAAUUUGACCUACCAAGUCAAGCUUCAUUGGAGGUCAUGGACGUCCGGUACUCCAACGACGGCGAUCACGACGUCUGCUCCGUCGGUUUGGACGGCCGGGAACUCGGGCAGUUCAAGACAAGCUCCUAUUACGGGUGGGGCGACCUCUGGAAUAAUUUCAAGUCCUCAGGGCCGAUCGGCGGGCAACAGUUCCUGGAGGCGGGGUCACAUUCCCUUUCGCUCACGAUGCUGGCAUCAGACGAGUAUGGUGUUGAGGUAGACUACAUCAGGAUCAGCGUACAAGGCUCCAAAGUGGAGAAUCUGCAAAAUGAGCAUUUCAUGUGCGUGCAUAACCCUGGGGAACAGGAAUAG